UUAGUCCUUCGCAUUUGAAGUGCAGAGCCCUUUUUGUCCCCUACUGCGUGCGGUGGCAGUUUCCGUGCGGAAGUGGGAACCGUGAAAGAAGAAGAUGGCGGCCACUAUGGUGGCACCAGCUGUUACCGUGGCCAGUCGGGGCAACAAGCGUGGUGGCGGCGGGCCGGGAGGUGGCGGAGGCGGUGGUGGAGGAGCCAGAGGAGUAGAGGAGGAACCGCCGCCGCCCCUACAAGCAGUUCUGGUGGCUGAUAGCUUCAACCGCCGCUUCUUCCCCAUCUCCAAGGACCAGCCUCGGGUCCUCUUGCCCUUGGCCAAUGUGGCACUAAUUGACUAUACUCUGGAAUUCUUGACUGCCACAGGUGUACAGGAAACCUUCAUCUUCUGUUGCUGGAAGGCUGCUCAAAUCAAGGAACAUUUACUGAGAUCCAAGUGGUGCCGCCCUACAUCCCUCAAUGUGGUUCGGAUAAUUACAUCUGACCUAUAUCGAUCUUUGGGGGAUGUUCUCCGUGAUGUUGAUGCCAAGGCCUUGGUGCGCUCAGACUUCCUUCUGGUGUAUGGGGAUGUCGUCUCAAACAUCAAUAUUACCAGAGCCCUAGAAGAGCACAGGUUGAGACGGAAGCUAGAAAAAAAUGUAUCCGUGAUGACAAUGAUCUUCAAGGAGUCAUCACCCAGUCACCCAACUCGUUGCCCUGAAGACAGUGUGGUAGUGGCUGUGGAUAGUGCCACAAACAGGGUUCUCCACUUCCAGAAGACCCAAGGCCUCCGGCGUUUUUCUUUUCCUCUGAGCUUGUUCCAAGGCAGUGGAGAUGGGGUGGAGAUUCGCUAUGAUUUACUGGAUUGUCAUAUCAGCAUCUGCUCUCCUCAGGUGGCUCAACUCUUUACAGACAACUUUGACUAUCAGACUCGAGAUGACUUUGUGCGAGGCCUGUUAGUGAAUGAGGAGAUCCUAGGGAACCAGAUCCAUAUGCACAUAACAACUAGGGAAUAUGGCGCCCGAGUCUCCAACUUACACAUGUAUGCAGCUGUCAGCGCUGAUGUCAUCCGUCGAUGGGUCUAUCCUCUCACACCAGAGGCAAACUUCACUGACAGCAGCAUCCAGAGCUGCACUCAUUCUCGGCACAACAUCUACCGAGGGUCGGAGGUCAGCCUGGGCCGUGGCAGCAUUCUGGAGGAAAACGUGCUGUUGGGCUCUGGCACUGUCAUUGGCAGCAAUUGCUCCAUCACCAACAGUGUCAUUGGCCCUGGCUGCCACAUUGGUGAUAACGUGGUGCUGGAUCAGGCCUACUUGUGGCAGGGUGUCCGCGUGGCUGCUGGAGCACAGAUCCAUCGGUCUCUGCUCUGUGACAAUGCUGAGGUCAAGGAACGAGUUACACUGAAGCCACACUGUGUCCUCACUACCCAGGUGAUAGUGGGCCCAGACAUCGUGUUGCCUGAGGGUUCGGUGAUCUCUUUGCACCCGCCAGAUGCAGAGGAAGAUGAGGAUGAUGGCCAGUUCAGUGAUGAUUCUGGGGCUGACCAAGAAAAAGAGAACGUGAAGCUGAAAGGUUACAAUCCAGCAGAGGUAGGAGUGGGAGGCCAGGGCUACCUCUGGAAAGCUGUAGAAAUCAACAUGGAGGAAGAGGAGGAACUACAGCAAAAUCUAUGGGGACUUAAAAUCAGCAUGGAAGAAGAGAGUGAAACUGAAAGUGAGCGAAGUAUGGACUCUGAAGAGCUGGACAGCCAGACUGGUUCCCCACAGAUGGAUGACAUCAAAGUGUUCCAGAAUGAAGUCCUGGGAACACUACAGCGGGGCAAGGAGGAGAACAUUUCUUGUGACAAUCUAGUCCUGGAAAUCAACUCUCUCAAGUAUGCCUACAAUAUAAGCCUAAAGGAAGUGAUGCAGGUGCUGAUCCACGUGGUCCUGGAGUUCCCCUUGCAGCAAAUGGGCUCUUCACUUGACCCAAGCCACUACUCUGCCCUGCUGCUUCCACUGCUCAAAGCCUGGAGCCCUGUAUUUAGGAACUACAUAAAACGUGCAGCAGACCAUUUGGAAGCCUUGGCAGCCAUCGAGGACUUCUUCCUAGAGCAUGAAAUUCUUAGUACUUCCCUGGCCAAGGUGCUGAUGGUGUUUUACCAGCUAGAGAUCCUGGCUGAGGAAACAAUCCUGAGCUGGUUCAACCAAAGGGAUACCACAGAUAGUGGCCAGCAGUUGCGCAAGAAUCACCAGCUGCAGAGGCUCAUCCAGUGGCUGAAAGAGGCAGAAGAGGAAUCAUCGGAAGAUGACUGAAGUCACGCUGGCAUUACUGGCUCCUGGGUCAGGGCAAGUGAGGAGCUAUUUGCAGGAUAAGUGACUAUCAUCCAGGCUGAGAAUUGGAAGGAGCAGAGACUGGAACUACAGUAUUCUUCCCACCACUAGUAGCCAUGUACCUCCCAUCCUAACUGGGGAGUUGGGGUGAGGGAAGAUGGAAUGGAAUAAAGCUCUGCCUAGGGAGGAGCUCGGCAAGGCCUGCCAUUGGAGGAAGGCCAGAGGAACAGCUUUGUGCCCUGGCUUUCCCUUAGGGAACAGGAGAGACCAGCUGGCCUCCUUUGCUGCUUAUAUUUGUUAAUAAUUAAAACAGAG